UCUCCUGCGGACCCCGGAAGUGCAACUCGAACUUGGUCGGGGCGCGGAUCCCAAGAGGCAAAGUCAUAACAACCGCACGAGGGAGUUCCACUGGCGAGCUGGAAGGCCACGCCUCCUCCCGCCUCCCCCCGCAGCCCUGCAGCUGGGGGCAGAGCUCAGGUAGGACCUGCGUUUGCCGGGUUUGUGAGCUCCGGGGGCAGGCCCGGGCCGAAAUCAGAGGAAGAGGCUGGCCUUGUUUCAUCUUGGGCGAAGGUCCCUGGCGAUGGGGUCCCUGGCGCUGGGGCCGGAGACUGCCCGGAGCCACGCUGCGGUUCCUGCGGACAGCUCUGCCCUAAGUCCCGGACCCCGCUGAUGGGGAGCUUCCACCUGACGUUUCCACUUCCUAGGCGGGAACACGUGUGUUCCCUAGAUGAGUCUCCUUACAGUUGGACAUACGGGGUUCUGGGAACCUAGAGAUUGUAGCGUAAGGGACCUUCCUGCUUUCUCAGACUAUCUUCUGAAGAUUGAUGUCUAUUUGCUUGAGCUCUUUAAUUUUGUUGCCAAUUUGGAUAAGCAUGGCACAAAUCCAGCAGGGAGGUCCAGAUGAAAAAGAAAAGACAACAGCACUCAAAGAUUUAUUAUCUAGGAUAGAUUUGGAUGAACUAAUGAAAAAAGAUGAACCACCUCUUGAUUUCCCUGAUACCUUGGAAGGAUUUGAAUAUGCUUUCAAUGAAAAGGGGCAAUUAAGACACAUAAAAACUGGGGAACCAUUUGUUUUUAACUACCGGGAAGACUUGCACAGAUGGAACCAGAAAAGAUACGAAGCUCUAGGAGAGAUCAUCACGAAGUAUGUAUAUGAGCUCCUGGAAAAGGACUGUAAUUUGAAAAAAAUUUCUAUUCCAGUAGAUGCCACUGAGAGUGAACCAAAGAGUUUUAUCUUUAUGAGUGAGGAUGCUUUGACAAAUCCACAGAAACUCAUGGUUUUAAUUCAUGGUAGUGGUGUUGUCAGGGCAGGUCAGUGGGCUAGAAGGCUUAUUAUAAAUGAAGAUCUGGACAGUGGCACACAGAUACCUUUUAUUAAGAGAGCUAUGGAUGAAGGAUAUGGAGUAAUAGUACUGAAUCCCAAUGAAAACUAUAUUGAAGUAGAAAAGCCAAAGAUACAUCUACAGUCAUCUUCUGAUAGUUCAGAUGAACCUGCAGAAAAACGGGAAAGAAAAGAUAAAGUCUCUAAAGAAACAAAGAAACGACGUGAUUUCUAUGAGAAGUAUCGUAACCCUCAAAGAGAAAAAGAAAUGAUGCAGUUGUAUAUAAGAGAAAAUGGUUCUCCUGAAGAACACGCCAUCUAUGUGUGGGACCAUUUCAUAGCCCAAUCUGCAGCUGAGAAUGUAUUUUUUGUUGCCCACAGCUAUGGAGGACUUGCUUUUGUUGAACUCAUGAUUCAACGAGAAGCAGAUGUGAAAAGUAAGGUGACUGCUGUGGCGUUGACAGACUCUGUUCACAAUGUGUGGCAUCAAGAAGCUGGCAAAACGAUUCGAGAAUGGAUGAGAGAGAACUGUUGUAAUUGGGUCUCUAGCUCAGAACCAUUAGACACAUCAGUGGAGUCCAUGCUGCCUGACUGUCCCCGAGUCUCAGCAGGCACCGACCGUCACGAGCUAACUUCCUGGAAGAGCUUCCCGUCUAUUUUCAAAUUCUUUACCGAAGCCUCUGAGGCAAAGACCAGUUCCCUCAAGCCGGCACUGACGCGGCGCUCCCACCGAAUAAAGCAUGAAGAGCUGUAAGAGGAGAGCGAGCGAGACGGGGGAGGGGAAGCCGAGGAAGCACACUCGAGCAUGCAUCCACACGUCUCCCCACCGCUUGUGGUCGGCGAGCAGACUCCCAGCCCCUCAUUAGAUUGUUUUCUUCCUAGAGCACAGGGUCGUGAUAUAUACAUCUAAAUAGCGUUUUGCAUUAUUUCUAGAUGAGUGCAACUGUCAAAGCAAUAUGGGUUCACUGGUCGUGCUUCCUGCGGGCUGAGCUUGGGCUUCGCGCUGCCCGUCAGCGCGCAGAUUAAGGCUGACAGCGCCCUGCCCGGCGCGGCCGGCGCGCCUCUAAUUGCCCUGACGGUGCCCGGGCCGGCGCUGCGGGGCGAGCGGCGUCCGCGCGGUCCUAUCGCCCGCAGCCGCGCGCUGCAGCUCUUCCUUCCCGGCCUUCCUUACGCAUGAAUCGUGUCCAUCUUUUUCCUUCUCCGAACCGAAGCAGACUUUUUAUUCUAGACAUCAAACUCUCACUUUAAGUAGGUUUUUUGUUUCUUGGGGUUUUUUUUGUUUGUUUGUUUGUUUGUUUUAACUAAAGGCAUCUUGUGCCUUUUUUUUUUUAAGGAAUUUCCGUGCCCUCCCCCCAAAGUCAAAUUUAAAUUCUGAACAUGAACUCCAUAAUGUACUGGGUAGUUUGGGGAGGGCAAGUUGUUCUCUCCCUCACGAUCUAUUUUCAUUUCGAGACCAGAAGAAAAAAUGCAUGAAAGUUUAUAAAGUACCACGUUAUGGCUGAAAAUCCUUGCCAAUUGAAUAUGAGAUUUUACACAAGUCUCUAAUUUCAGAAGAGGUUGUUUAAACUAAAACGGAAUGAUGAGCAAAUUUUUCAAGUAUAUAUGUGAAAUGUUUCACUUUCAAUGGAAUUUCCAACUUUAUCAUUAAGUUGACUUUUUAAAUAUAUAAUGUGCUUUGGGUGGUGUAGUCAUUUAGAUAGCAUACUUAACUUUUGCUUUUUAAAUCUUAAUGUGGAAGAAGUUUGUUGUCUUUUUGUUGUUGUUAAUUCUAACUUGAGUGGUCUAUUCUGAGCCUUCAUGAAGUUAGACCUUUUUAGGGAUAGAAUUUUUUAUUGCCAUCAGGAAAAUGAACCUAUAUGCUCUCGAGUCCUUUCCUUCUGAAAGGCCAAGUGGGGCUAAAAUGAUUAUUUUUGUUUUCUGCUCCAACAGAAAGGCAAAGACCUGGUAUGAAAGACUUGCUCCUCUCAGUCUAAUGGUAUAAUUUAUAGUAGUCCACUUUCUCUGUAAGGUAUUGUCCUACAGUUUCAGCAGUUAAGUAUUUUAAUCCACUAAGAUCUGGCCAACACUGUGAGAUAUGAAGUAAAAUAAGUUAAGAUUUUACUGACUUUUAAAUUCAAAUAUUAAAUUUUAAUUUUAUCAAUAUUUUAAUUAGUUGCAGGAUUUAAUUACCUAGUGAAGAUUCUGUUUCUAAUAGAUGGGGAUUUGAAUUUAAUAUUUUUUCAUCCUUUUUUAAAGUGUAUGCAACAAGAUGCCUGCCUUAUUUGAGGACAUAAUAAAAUGUACCCAAAAUGACUUUAUAACUGUCUGACUCCUCAGAAAAAUAACUUAAAAUAUCUACCUUAUGGAUAAAAUGUUUUUAUACUAUGAACCUGUCGCAGCAAGUUUUAAAACUAACAAUAUCUGUGUUUGGUCCACAAGUGCAUUAAGUAGUUCUCUUAACUUAAUGAUGGUAAAUUAAAGUGAUCUUUUUUCAGUAGUCUAAUAUGCAUAUCUUUUGAUGUUAUUUUAGUAGAAACAACAUAAGAGGAAAAAUCAAAAUGUCAUUUCAGCCAACUCCUUGAAUGGCUUAAACUGUAUAACCCUGGCAACAUCAAGCAUGUUAGUCUGCAACCUUUUCUAAAAUUUUAGAAGUAAUGGUGAACUGUGUAAAAUGAUGUGCCUUCCAUUGAGAGGAUUUGAGAAUUGAUGUGGAUUGAACAUAUUUUUCAAAGUGUUAUAAAUUGUAUGUUGUUUUCAGCAUAUGAAAGUGUUCACUGGAAACUAAUUUUAUUGCAUUUUUAAAUCAGCAUUUGUACAAUGCUCAACUUGUGAAGCUUCUGCACCUGAAUUAGAGCAAAGUAAAUACACUCAGCUUAUAAACCAAAUCCUAUUCCUUCUCUGCAGUUUCCUUACCUCUCUUUCUAAAAAACCAUUACUUGUAGCUAGAGUAAAUCACUGUUUAAUUGCCUUUAAUACUUUAAAACUGCUGGGUUGUUGGGCUUUGUUUAACUAUCUAUAGAGAGCUAUUUGCAAACUUAAGUUGUGUAAAUGUAAUUUCUACUUGUGGAUCUGAGCUAUUGCAACCCAGAGAGAAUUAGGCAAACCAUCCCAGACCACCAACUGAUAAGUGAUAAGAUUCCUUGUAAUGUGGAAUUUUUUAACCUGUAGAUUAUGGGUUUGUUGGUAUCAAUAUAAUAUUAUUAUAUUCAUCUCAGUUUUCCUGGAAUAACAAUGAUCAGUUGGUAGUAGCCCGGCCUGCUUGGAUGCCUCAAGUGCUAACAGUAUUUCUGUUCUGAUCUCUCAUUUGGAUUUCUUUAGACAAAGUUUCAAGAGAGUAGAGGUUUAAAGUUAGGAAGUGGAUUUUUUUUUUUUUCUUUAAUUAUACAGUGAGUUCUUAGAGCAGUGGAAUGGGAAGCAAGGAGUUGUUGCUAAAUCUAAUCAAAAUAAUCCCGUUAAAACUUAAAAGCCACAAACAUAUUGGCUUUGGCACUUUCUAAAGGUACCUAAGUAUAUAGCCGUUAAAAGUUUUCAUGGAUAUUUGAAGAGGUGGGGUGGGAAGAAUCUACUUGUAAUAAUUGUUCUUUUCUCAAGUUUCUGCCUUAUGCUUCAACUUAGAAUACAUUAUCGUUUAUACCAAAAAAAGAAAAGUAAAGCGCAGGAGUUUCCUAUAUAAUAUAUAUUUCUGUUUACUAUUUAAAAUAAAAACAACUUUCCCAACAAGCAGCGGCGUUAUUAUUCUUGCUCAGAAGUUCAUUUAAUCACAUAUAAAAGUUAAUAAAAGCAGAAACUUUAAAAGAAUGAUGGGAUGGCAUUUAUCAACAUUUUAAACCUUAUAGCUGCUUAUUGUUACUAUUAUUGUUGCUCUAAGAUAGUAUCUUUAACUUCAGUGGAGUCACUACUUAGCUUGGAACCUUCACAAAGCUAACAUUUUUUAAGACAUUUGUUUUUAAAGCAAAAGUCUUUAACUACAAAGAAAUUUGAACCCAUUGUUAAACUAUAAUUUUAUAAAAUAGACUUUAUAUGGCAAACAAAUGUGUUUUCCAAAAGGAGUCUAGUGAGAUUAAAUUGCUCCCAAAUCCCCUUGUAGGUCCUUGAUGUAUUAUAUCUAAUCUGAAAAUAUCUUGUUUACAUUUAUCUUACAGCUUUUCCUUCUUUAAAACCUGUAACUCCUUUGAGAGAGUAUGAGUGACAAAAUGUUAACUAUAUUAUCAAUGCUAAUAAGUAAGAUUUUUUAUUCAUUUUUCUCUGGAUUAUCUCGAAUUCCAGUCCAGGCACAUGUGUGUCUCCUCUUGUAAUCAUAGUCUGUAAACUGACAGGUUCCUUUUGGUGUCUGUAAUCCUGGUUCAUUUAAGAAAGAUUACUAUUACAGAAAGUCUAAAAAUUUCUCAAAAACUUUCCCUGUGUCUCUGUAGAGAAAAAUGUCUUUAAAUAAAUGUGAGAUUUUCUCAUUUUUUAAGUAUGGGUGAAAAAAAAAGGGAUAAUGGUGGUUACUUUAUGAUUACUUAUUAGAAGCUAUAAUAAUAUAAAAUAAAAGACUCCAGGAGGCACUCCCUUUCAAAAAUUGAAUACUUUCCUUCCUUCCUUCCUUGUAUAGUGUGACUGAGUGGGAGUCUCUUGAAUUGUUCGUCUUCCUUUUAUCUAAUAUUCUAUUAAUCUCCAAAAAGAUCAGUUUGAGUCUGGGAAAGGGUUUUUAAUCAACACUUCACAGAGCUUAAAGCUAUCCUACCUAAAGCGUCAGCUUUGUUAGGCGGUUUUAGAUUUAAAGCAUUGCAACUGUCAUGCACUGUACUAAACUAAAGAAUGUACACCAAGUGGAAGAUGUUGAAAAGAGGAAAAUAGCACAAAGUCGAUUAACGGAGAUUCGAGAAUAGAAGUAGCCAUCAAAGCAUUCCAGCGUUUAUCUCAAAAUCUAUGUAGGGUUAAAAAAAAAAAAAAGCAACAAUGAUAGUUUUAAACCUCACUCUUAGGAGAGAUGAACGUUGAUUUAAUUGAUUCAUUUGGAUCGAUGUUUUUAAAGUUUCACACCACUGAUCUUUCAUGUAGUGGUGUCUUUAGCAGUCUGUGGUCUGACAUGAGCCUUCUCAGAUUUCAUCAGUGAGACUCUCCAUGACAUCUGAAAUUAUGCAACAGCCUAUGCAGUGGCAACUUUGGAAUUGGGAGACCUUGAUGCCAAAGAGCAUGGUUAGGCUGAAGAACUCUGUGUUAAUUCUUAGCACAAAAAGGAGUGGUAAUUUUAAAUGAACCUCAAAGGUUAAAGUCACCAAAUAUUACAUAGUGGGCUUUAAUUGCUAGAUAGGAGAAAAUCAUGCUGAAAGUUUGACCAUUAAGUGGAUAUCAUGCAGUGACCAGUGUUUUCCCCUUGAAUGGAAAAAAGCUUGAAAAUGGAAAUUUGACUUAAUCCAUAAGACCUUCCAGGCAACUUUUCCCAGUCUUUUGCCUUGAGAUUUGUGAAAAAACCUUUCACUAUAUUCUUUGUAUUGUUGGAGUUGAGUUCUCUUUGAAACAGACAUGAAACAUGUUUCUAGAAGAACAUCUAGAGAAGCCCUGCAUCUUUUUUUCCAGAUCAUUCCACUUUUUCUUCCUUGGCUAAUACAACGGGUAAUAUGGGAGACAGUCAUAGGUAAAAUAAUGUUGAACUGUACUUUGUAGCCAGCCUGCAGUACCAAUACAAAGAAUCUGAAAUAAAAAGACAACCAACACCCCAAGAAUGAUAUGUCUCUUUUUAAAGUUUACAAUUUGAAUAAUGAACUUGGAUAGAAACUUGGCAGGAAAACAAACCAUGGCACCAUCACAUCACCAACCAUUUUCACUUUUCUGUCCAAUUUCAGAGUGCAUGUGUUUGUGAGUAUUUCACUAGAUCAGUGACAGCUCUUUAUUUGCAUAAUUAUAUGCUCUGGUCUGAAGAGAAAACUAACCCCCAAAUUUCAUGGGUCACCAAACUGCAACAAUCAAUGUUUUAUCACGUAUGCUAAGCAAAAUCUAAGAAGCUAUAUGAAGUUUCUUGGGGAGUUUUUACUCCUCAGAAAAUUAAAGAGUUUUCCUCUCCUGAAUAGAUUUAAAAUCUUUCCAAGUUCUUUGUAACUGAAUUCUGUUUGAAGGCAAAACUGGAGAUUAACAUGUAGAUCUGGAUCUUAGACUCACUAGCAUUACUUCAAAGUGGCUUAAGAAGAGCAGCAUUUUGGGGACACUAAACUUUAAAUUCUAAGUAAUGUCCAUCAUGCUAUCAGGAAAAAAAAUUAUUGGCCAAAUUAUGAUUAGCCAAAAAUGAAGUCCGAAUUAACUAUGAUUGAAUAUAAAGUUCAUUUCCUUCUUUGAAGUACUCAGGGUUUUUUUUUUUUUUAAGACCUAAUUGAAAAUAUGUGUGUAUAUACACACACUCACACACAUAUAUGUCUAGAUGUGUACACACACAUCUAGAUAUGUACAUAUCCAUUCAUGGGGGGGUACAUAUGCCCUUUCCACCAGAAUAGCCAACAUAUACAGUAUGUGUAUGUCUUUUCAGUGCCAGAACAUAGUAAGUACUCAAUAUAUGUUGGUCACCAGGAAUGUUUGUAAACUGUUUUUUUCUUUUAAAUAAUUUUUUCGUGUUCAAAUUCUGCAAGGCAUCAAAAUAAAUAUUUUUGAAUGUGCUUCAAGUUCAUUUGCAUCUGUAAAUUCUCUGUAUGUAAUGUGUAUCAGUAUUUAAGGUUGCCUUUAUUUCAUUAAAGAAAAAUUGAUUUAAA